CAGCAGAUGUAAAAAGGAAAGUGAGUGCAUAAUUUACGAUAAAGUAGAGAAUUGGGUCAGUGCAACUUUGUGGAAUAGUGGCCUAGAAUUCUAAUCGGUGUCAGUCAAAAUUGCAUAUUUUCGUUCUUCAACUGUUUUGAUCUGUUUUGGUUAAAGGUCAGGAAGUAUAGAGCAGUAACCCCAAAUGGAAUCAUCCAUCCAAGCGGACGCCCAUCAGGCAAAUGGUAAUGGUGUGCAAAGCCAUGAACCACCACCAAAUGUGACCGUCAUCGAACGCGAGAAAAAAGAUCUUCUCUCGGACUCAACUCAUCUGCAGCAAGAACAGCAACGUCCCCGGAAGCUAUCUUUCGAUGAUACCGAUAUGGAACUAACCAAGCUGAAACUGGUCAACGGAACCGUUCGUAAAUUGCCGCUGUCUCUGAUGCUCGCUGGAUUCGUUGCUUGCACCGCAGUGAGUCUACUGGUGCCAUACCUAUGGUCGUUCGUCGGCUCGGGGUCGCUUUCGUCAGCGCUGGCCACGAUACGGCAGUGGCGACAGUUCGCCAGAGAUCGGGUUAUUUCGACCAUCGAGUACGAUCGAUGGGACACAAUCUUCCGAUCGAAAAUGCAGGAAGUACACACUCUGGUUCAGGACCCAUCACUGUUGCUUUUUGCCGCGAUGUUUGCUGCCGUCAUAACGUGGUUCACUUACUAUGUGGUGUACCUUGACAGCAGCAUCCCAGGGGUAAAUCCACCGACGCCGUUCUCCGCCAGUAAGAAAAGGAGGUUUUCCGAUAAAGAACGACGGUUUCAUUUGGGCUACAUAACGGCUUUCCUGAGUGGCCUCACCGUGUUUUUGAUUAUCCUAUUUGUCGACUAACAUUCGAGCACAUCCAUAUAUCUAGUCGCAGUCUAGCUCGAGAAGCAUAAUAAUCUUACCGUAACAUAAACUUGAGAUCUUAUAAAAGUGUUUUAGAUGUAUAUUUUUAGGCAUUAACACACAAGUACACUAUUUAUUCCAGUCGGCAUAAUUUAUACGCUUUGGAGCAGUCGAGCAUUCGUCACCCACGAAAGUGCGAGAAAAAUGAGAAAAUCGAUUCGGCUUUAGCUUAAUUGUAAAUAAUAGCGGGUGGAGAAAAGAGAGACGAGACUAACCUUUUACGCAUUUGUGGAAAACUGAGAAUAGUUUAAGCACUAAUAUUUUAUAUCUCGGCCUAAAUAGUUUUUGGUACAAACAUAUGACGCUGUUGUUGCAGAAUUCUCUUGAUAAAACAAUCGUGUGUCAUAUUUAUUGUUGAUUAAAUUCACGUGACAACAAUAUAAUGUCUAGUUCAUUUGACUCAAAAUCUAACCCGACCAUUGCAGUAAUAGUCUUCCAUAUUAACGUUUGAUCGCCAACACAAAUCCACUUACCGUUUGCAGACGCUGAGCCAUUCGCUCCUCCUCCGGGGUCGCCUGCGCAAUCUUCAAAAUCUGCAGUCGACUUCCUCCGGUCAAUCGGCCAACGCAGCGCACCAAAUCCCCAACGCUUAUCAGCUCCAUACGAAAAUCGAUUUCGUAGAAAACUCCCUGCAUUAUGGGACCGGUUUUGUUCCUCAGAAGCAACACCUUCUCGCAUUCGUACGUGCCACUUUUGAUGUUGAGCACCAUGGCAAAGACCUCAACCAGUGGUGAGCUGCCCUCCGGGGCAGUUUUGGUGAGCUUUAGAACGUUUUCAACCGUUCCAGUUAGAAUUCGCAACCUUUUCGGAACUGACUUAGUUAGUUCACUUUGUGUGUGUUUAGUGGUCAUCGAAGAGCUGGAUCUGAUGGCUUGGGAAACCCUUGAAAGCCGCCUGUUUGCAUUUAAUGAUUUGUUCGGUUUUAAUGGGAACAUAUCGAACGAUACCCGUUUUGCUUGCCUUCCAGCUUGAGAAAAUCUUUCCUCUAGUUUCCGCUUGUUCAAGUUUUCAUUGCUAAAAUUAGGCGGAUGUCUGGCAGCAAUUGUUGGGUGGUUCGUGUAGGCUCUCGGGACAUUUGAGGUAGCGAAAUUAAAGCCGUCGCUGCUACUCUAAAAAUUUGAAAAUCCACGGUCAAACACUAUUGAAAAACAAAGAUGCACGAGAACCUUACGAAAUUGAAUUUUUCAAAAGAUGUGUGGCUGAAAGGAGACUCUCCUGAACCUGAAAUAGCUGCGGAUGUUUGCAUUUGAUUGAACAUGAGCAACUGCAUCGCGGCUUUCGGAGCAGCAGAGGGUGUUUGUAAAUGUGAUACGUUUGAACGAUUAUUAGUGUUGGCACUAAUGGUAGGUGUUUUUUUCAGCAACGUCGGUGUCUCGAGAAUGGCUGCAGCGGACAUGAGAAAGCUCGAGUUUCUCAUCGGAGCCGGUGUACGAGGACACUUCAUCAGUGCUGAAGCGAAAAUGGGAAGAAAACAUUUUACAACUGUUUCGAUAAGAAACGAGAUGAAUAUACUCACAGUUUUUAUACAUCAUAUUCAUGUUAGGAAUAUUUUCCUAUUAUAAUUUAAUUAAUUUUCCUAUUAUAAUUUAAAUAUAUUCCAGAGUGGUCUUGAUUAACGUUCAGUUCAAAUUGAUUUUUGAUUUCGAUUCGGCAACUGUCAAAUUUUUCGAAUGGUACUAAAUUUUAGCACUUACAGUUGAGCACCAAUUAUCUACGAAUGC